AUGGAGGAAACAAGAAUCACACCGAGCCGAGAAAACUGCGAUUAUACCUCCUGUUACUGGUAACGAAUAAUCUUUAUUUACUUUGUUACUGGUUAAAAAACAGCGAUUAUACCUCCUGUUACUGGUAAAAAAAAAAAAAAAAAAAAAAAGCUGUUUAUUGACUUUGUUACUGGUAAUAAAACUGCGAUUAUAUCUCCCGUUACUGGUAAAAAAAAAAAAAAAAAAAACUAAAAAACUCUUGAUUUGCUUUACUACUGGUACAAAAAAACCUUGCGAUUUUACCUCCUGUUAGUGGUAAAAUAAAAUAAAAACAUUAGUAUCUCUGUUACUGUUUAAAAAACUGUUUAUUUCCAUGUUUAUUGGCGGCUGUGUUUAUUCUCAGAAAGUCAAAAAUCAUCAACAUCAAAUCUACAUCAGUACCAACAACCCUGAGUCCUACUGUGGGGUUCUGCUGGUUCUGCUCAAAUCUGACUGUUUGUGUUCUGUUGUUGUUCUGUUUGUGUUUUGUUGUUGUUCUGUUUGUGUUCUGGGGCCUAUUCUACGAACUAAGUUCGACCUAGCGAGGUCGCCUUGGAGCUACCUCGCUCAAGGUGGUCAUCGGGAAAAGUAAGUGGGUCAUCAUUCAUUGCGUUUGCUCCGCACUGUGUCAGUGGACACGGAGCUGGUUUAGCUCAAAGCCUGGCUUAUUUCGGUUAGCUUGGCUAAUUUUAGUUAGAGUUGGGUUCCACAAACGAGGCUUAGGGCUAGCGUGGCUUGGUAACCAUGGUAACUCAGCCAUAGUAACAAGCCUGAGGCCUGGGGCCUGUUCUACGAAGCAGGAUUACUGCUUAGCGAGGUAACUUCGAGGGUAAGUUCGGGGUUUCCUGUUCUACGACGCGGGUUCACUUCUUAGCGAGGCGAGUCUCCAUGGCAACAUACGCUGAACGGCUAAACUGCUCCGGGGCAGGUUAAGUUCCAGAUUGAACUCACCGAGUAUAAAAACCCCGCCCACUAACCAAUGAGCUCUCUCGAAAAACGCCUUGUCCGUUCUCGGAGGAUCCUGUAGACCUCGGUGCUCACAUUGUCCGAGGAGGAGCACUCCGGCUCGCGAGAGUUUUCAGGGAGAGUUUUCUCCGGAUGACCUCCUUUAUGAAAGGCUCAUAUGGCCGACAUAUUACACAAAACAUGUAAACACGAUAGGAAUGAACACAUGAAUGAUUCAUCUUGGGAAUGAAUGGACAUGAGCUGAUCACAGACAACAUCUCGGUACUUUUUAGUAGCAGCGCACGCCCCUUAUAAUUACCCCGUAAAUACUGUUGUUCAGGACUGCUUACUUGUGCUUCCUACCUACUGUAAUAACCGUUGUUUUAGCCCACAUGCAACAUUUUUGUUCUCAUUCAUGAAACGCUUAAAUCAGGGACAUUUCCGGGGACAGCUUUAGCCGGGGACAGGUCAUCCAAUUCGGGGACUGUCACCUUAGUUAAAAGCGCAUGUUGAACAGUGCUAUUUCAGGGUGAUAAUGACAUCAAAUAUUACUUUUCUGCCAGCAUUCCCUCCGUGCUUUUGCAGCGGUGACGGUGUUGCUUUUGAGGUUUAUGAUAGAUUUCAAUUCUUCAUACUUUCUCAUGAUCGUCUCCUGCUCCUCGUUUGUAAAGUCCGCGGUCCUUCGCUCUCCGGCCUGCUCUGACGCUCCAGACUGGUCCAUGUUCGCGAUUGGUCAGAUGCGGCGGGCUCCGCCUCACAUGCGUGCACGCGCUCAUAGAAAAGCUGGAUCCACUUACGCGGUUGAAAACCAGCAUCAUAAGACUGUUUAGCGAGACCGCUGGCUACCGCGCUAAGUUGAGCGAGGUAGCUCCAAGGCUUCCUCGCUAGGUCAAACUUGCUUCGUAGAACAGGCCCCUGUUUGUUUUCUGUUGUUGUUCUGUUUGUGUUCUUCUUUGUGUUCUGUUGUUGUUGUGUUUGUGUUCUGUUGUUGUUCUAUCUGUGGUUCUGCUGUUAUCUGACUGUUUGUGUUCUUUUUGGGUUCUGCUGGUUCUGCUUUUUUCUGACUGUUCUUGUUCUGUUUGUUCUGGAGUGAGGAAAAUGUUUGGAGACUCUGUGAGUCUGUAAAAACAGAAAGAACAGCACCACUGGAGGAACUGUUCGUCAUCUUCGUCUCCAAUCAGAACCGCAUGGUGAGCAGAACUUCCAGAACCAAAUCCUGAGAACAGAAUGUCUCUGUAGACCCCUUAAACCGGUCCUUUGUCUACAUAAGGAACCCUGAACCAGCAAGACUGGUUCUACUACAGUAAUCAGACUGGUUCUGUCAUAACCUGACUGGUACUGGUAUGAUCAAACUGGUUCUGUUAUAAUCAGACUGGUUGUGUUAUAAUCUGACUGGUUCUGGUAUGAUCAAACUGGUUCUGUUAUAAUUAAACUAGUUCUGUCAUGAUCUGACUGGUUUUAGAACUGUGACCUGGGUUCUGCAGAAAUAAGCUUGGUUCUAUAGAUCUUAAGUGUUUUUGUUCUGAUGUUCUUUGUGGUUCUGGUUCUGUAAAGGCAGCUCUUCUCUGUUCCCAAUCAGGUUCCACUGUGGAAGCAGAAGUCCGGACGGGGAGACCAGCCGGUUAUUUGGGUCAGUGAUUAUGUCAUUCAUAGACUGUAUAUGGACACCUUAGCGCCGCCUCUUUCUCAGUAUUUCUGGGUUCUCCACUUCCUUGAGCCACCACUCGCGCAGUAGCGUUGUUCGCAUUCGGCAGGAGAGUCGCUGAGGUGACGCUUGACUCAGAGUAUCUCUGUCCUCCCAUAGGCUGUAUCAAGUGUCGAUCAUAGAAAACAUGAACCCCCUAAUAACUUUAAUAAAAAUUGAGCUAUUCAGACAAAAAGAGGACUUGAGCACAAACCAUUUGGACAGUAACUACAUGUCAACAUCACAAGCAUGGGGAAGAAACAUUUAUAUUCUGUCAUUAAUUUAUAAAGUUUGUCCACAGCUCCAUAAGGAGACAAGAUUUAUGAGGUAUACUGCAGCCCGUCACCAGAGGGCGCUGUUCUCAUAGUGGCUUCACCUAGAGAGGAGGCAGACAGCAUCCAUUCUAGAUACAGUCUGUGGUGCUGAGCAGAGGACCCAACAGUGUCCCUCUAACAUCUGUCAGAGCAGUUCUGAUGACUUCAGAAUUCAUAGGAAGGUUCGGUAAUAUCACAGAUGUUCCCGGACUGUUCCAGUGUGUUUCCAAAAGUCCAAAAUUUUCUCAAACGUUCUGGAAUGUUAUUGAUCUUUUAGAAUGUCUUUGAUGUUACAGAAUGUUAUUGAUCUUUUAGAAUGUCUUUGAUGUUACAGAAUGUUAUUGGUCUUUUAGAAUGUCUUUGAUGUUACAGAAUGUUAUUGAUCAUUUAGAAUGUCUUUGAUGUUACAGAAUGUUAUUGAUCUUUUAGAAUGUCUUUGAUGUUACAGAAUGUUAUUGAUCUUUUAGAAUGUCUUUGAUGUUACAGAAUGUUAUUGGUCUUUCAGAAUGUCUUUAAUCCUCCGGACUGUUCAGUGAUAUUCUUGAAUGUUCUACAUCCUCCAAAGUGUCACUACCAUAGACUGUAUAUACUACGGACAACUUGGUUCCGCCUUCCGCAAGUAUAUGGGUAUAAAUAUAUAUAUAUAUGGGUAAAAAGAGGACUUGAGCACAAAUGAGUCUGACAGUAACUACAUGUCAACAUCGCAACCAGGGGGGAGAAACAUUUAUAUUCUGUGUCAUUCAUUUAUAAAGUUUGUCCACAACUUCAUAAGGAGGCGGGAUUUAUGACCUAUACUGCAGCCCGUCACCAGAGGGCGCUGUUCUCAAAGUUGAGGCUCUACAUACAGUCUAUGAUAUCGUCACAGUCGCUACCCAAUCUGUCCUGGAAACCUGAUUUGUACUCAGCAUGUGUGAAACGUACGUCACUUCCUCUCUCUGCAUUUCAAUGUAUUUUAUGGUAGUGAGUCAUUACCUACCCAAUCCGUUCUGCAGAAGUGCAAAUUAACUUCACCUUAAAAACUUUAUUUAAACUACUGAUCAAUUCAGAAACAAGCUGGCAAUUUGACAGGCUAGCUAGCAGGAGGCUACAGAGCUAAUGCCGAGGUAUCCGCCAGAGCUCCUGCCCAGAACGGUGAGACCUUUAGGGCCACAGAGAGCGCCACCACCCGGUCAAAAUUAUGGUUCUCUGACUUUUCAAAGUAUCAAGGGGGGAUUUAUUUCAUUUAUUUUAUAAAAUAAAUUAAUUGACAAGAAACCUACACAUUUUGGACCAUGAAUUUCAGUGUUUUUAUACAGCGUUUCAAUUUCAACACUGAAAUAUUCACAUUCAUUCAAGCCUUUUAGAACUACGUUACAAUUUUACAAUUUAGCUGGAGUAGGAACCUUUAAUUGUGAAACUGGGCCCCAUUCUCUGGACUUUCCUGAGCUCUGCUUCAGGUGGGGGAAGAACUCUGUUCAGGAGAAAAGUGUGUGGCUGUUAUAAACUGAAACAUCGAUAAACUGAAGCGAGCUGUUGCAAAGAUGGCGAGAAGAGGAAGUGACAUACAUUUUGCACAUGCCCAGUACAAAUCGGGUUUCAGGGACGGAUCAGUUAGCAACAGUAACGAUGACGUCAUAAUAACACCAUAGAUGACUUCAUCAUGUGUUGUAGGACUACCAUGUGAUCCUGCUCCAUGUUGGACCUCAGAACCGAUCUCUGGUCUAUGAUCUGGACUCUGCGCUGUCGUUUCCCUGCAGCCUUGAACUCUACGCCACCCAGGCCCUGCGCUCAGACCGCCAAAUAAACCCCGCCUACCACAGGUAACACUGACCUGUGUCAGCACACCUUUCCUAACACAGGUGAACCUUGACCCUGUGACUCUGCCCUCUAGGUGUCUGCGUGUCGUACCUGCUGACAGCUUCCUGUUGAACUUUGCGUCUGAUCGCUCUCACAUGAAGAACCCUGAUGGGACCUGGAAGAUGCCCCCCCCACCUUACCCCCCCAUACACACUGCAGGUCACAUGACCUUCUUGUACCAUGUGAUCACUCUGGUGUUCGACCUCCUCAUGACUGCUUACCUGUUUACAUGUGUUCUGAUCCACAGAGGCUCAGAUGAACCUCGAUGACUUCAUCAGUAUGGACCCUCAGGUGGGCUGGGGCCAGGUCUACAAUCUGGACCAGUUCCUUCACAGGUUCCUGCUGGACUCUCCAACCGCAGCUUCAUCAUAG